GUCCCGAACAGCGCCCCUCUCUUGCCCCACCCCAGUAAACAUGCUGUUCUGUGGCAAGCAUCUUCCUCAGAGCUGUGGCCACUUGCUCAAAUGCAAACAUCCGCCGCAUCUAGAGGCUGCCAUCGUAUUGUUCUCCUAACACCAGCACAGUCAUCAUGCUCGUGCAGCUCGUCACCUCCGUCCUCAUGGCCAGCUCGGCCAACGCCCUUGUGACUGCCACCGGCACUAUGGGCGUCACCAACCCCACGGCUGCCGUCAUGGGCACGCCCAUCAAUCAGACGUCGGAAGCCCGUCUUCUUUCGCUCAACUCGAUCAACGACUUCUGCAUCUUCGCGCCCAUGCUGCCCAACUCGGUCGUCGGCGACACCGAGGAGGAGCAGGUCGCAUGGUGCGUCCAGCCGCGCAACAAUGCCCGCGUCAUCCCCGACGGUACGAUCCAGUCUGCUGCUCUCGUCAAGACGCCUCUCUACUGGCAGAUCCACGGCUACGGUGACUUUACCCGCCUUAACAUUGCCGCUGGCGACCAGGGCGGUGAGCUCGACCCUCACGGUGCCAAGGGCACAGGCAACCCCGUUGGCGGAAACGUCACCUGCAACGCCACCGGCGCCGACGUCUCGUACGAGGAGUGGAUGAACUUCAUGUCCUAUUCGAUGUACUGCCUCCGCAUCUGCAUUGCCGAGCAGGGCCAGUACACCGCGGAACAGGUCUGCCAGCACGAGAUCGAUCUCAUGGGCUGCCAGUGGGUCAUGCCUGGCAAUUACACCAACAACACCUUCACCGAGUGCCAGGCCGACGCCGCCCUCCCGCCCGGAUGGUACCCUCAACCAGACGGCUCAAUCUCGACCUUCCACCAGCGCUACACUGGCACUAACACUGCGGGCGGCAAGACCGAGCUCUGGACCAUUGGAGUGACCGUCACUCCCUCGGCCCCCUACUCGACCCCUUCGUCCAGCCAGUGCACCACCUUCUCGUCGGUUGGCAACGGCAUCCCCACCGAGAGCCUGACCGCCGGUGCCGCGUUCACUUGGAGCGGCGCUAUCCCCGACCCGAACUCCCUCUCGUCUCCCACUGCUCGUGCUUCCUCUCAGUCGGCUGUUGUCACGACUGUGACCGAUGCCAACGGUCAGGUCCGCGCGACGAUCUCUGUUGCCGCUGCCAACGCCUCCCAGUCUGGCAGCAGGAACAGCGGGGCGAGCCCGGCCUUCGCCAUUGCUGGCGCUUCCCUUGUCGCCGUGCUCGCUGGCAUUGCUGCUGUCGCUUUCUAGACACCUGAACAUUAAAGUAGAUCAUUCCACCUCCUCUGUAUUGUCUCUGUCAUCACGCACCGCCCCAUCGGCACGGGCGCCAGCCUCACAACCUCUAUCGUCGACUAGUUGCUACCUUGUAGGACUUUCUCGACAGCAUGGACACUCUUGUCGCAAUUUGCUCC